AUGUCCCCGCAGGCGGUUGCACGAGUGACCUUUAAGGACCCUCUGCCCGAACCCUCCGGGCAGCUCCCAGGCCGGGUGUCCCAUGCAGGGGGCUGGGGUGGCCCUGGCACUCCCGGGCUGGAGAAGCCCACCCUGUGGGUUCUGGCUGGAGAAAACAAGAAGAAACUUGUCCUCUUCUUGUCCCCCCAGUUCCUGGAGCAGUAUUUCCACCAGGCUGACCUGGCUGAGUUCAUGCAGCUCUUUGGCAGCAGCUUUGCCCACCGCACCCAGGUGGACCGGGUGGUUGGACACCAGGGCAGGGGCAAGGCUGGGCUGGAGGCCAGCCUGGAUGUGGAGUACAUCAUGAGCACGGGUGCCAACAUCUCCACCUGGGUCUUCAGCAACGGAGGGAGGCAUGAGAGCCAGGAGCCCUUCCUGGCCUGGCUGCUGCUGCUCAGCAACAUGUCCUCGCUGCCCUGGGUGCACUCGGUCAGCUACGGAGAUGACGAGGACAGCCUGUCCCGGGCCUACAUGGAGCGCGUCAACACGGAGCUGAUGAAGGCGGCGGCACGAGGCCUCAGCAUCCUCUUCGCCUCCGGUGGGGGCGGCCGGCACAGCGGGGUCCUGGGGCUGGGGAGGGGGUCACAGUGCCAGGGGGAGGGUCCCAGUGCUGGCCCCUACGUCACCACCGUGGGUGGCACGGCCUUCAAGAAUCCCUUCCUGGUGACCAGCGAGGUGACCGACUACAUCAGCGGCGGGGGCUUCAGCAACGUCUUCCCCAUGCCCGAGUACCAGGAUAAGAAGUACACGCUGACCAUGGAGGACCUGACCCCGGCGCUCGCAGAGUAUGGGAUCAAUGUGAAGAAGCCACAUUACUUCACAUGA